AUCCGGCGAGCCCCGCGGCGGCAGAAGCUCGUGGAGCCGUGGUGGUUGAGCUUGUGGAGUCGUCUGCGCCGGUUGGUCCUAGCCCCCCUCGGCGUUUUCAGGGCCAGCCUACCUCGCCCCUUUGCGCCAUGACCACUACCACCACUUUCAAGGGUGUGGACCCUAACAGCAGGAACAGCUCCCGGGUUUUGCGGCCUCCGGGUGGUGGGUCCAACUUUUCAUUAGGCUUUGAUGAGCCAACAGAACAGCCUGUGAGGAAGAACAAGAUGGCUUCUAACAUCUUUGGGACACCCGAAGAGAACCCCCCAUCUUGGGCCAAGUCAGCAGGUGCCAAGUCUAGUGGUGGCAGGGAAGAUUCGGAGUCAUCCGGAACACAGAGAAGUAACUCUUCUGAAGCAAGCUCUGGAGAUUUCUUAGACCUCAAGGGGGAAGGUGAUAUACAUGAAAAUGUGGACACAGACUUCCAAGCCAACCUGGCCCAGAUGGAAGAGAAGCCAGUGCCCGCUGCUCCUGUGCCCAGCCCAGUGGCUCCGGCCCCAGUGCCAUCCAGGAGAAACCCCCCUGGCGGCAAGUCCAGCCUGGUCUUGGGUUAGCUUCUUGUGUUGGAACUCUGUCCUUCUGUUUGUUUGUUUUUUCCAUGCUUGUGAACUGCACAACGUGAGCCUGACUGUACAUCUUUCGGAUUUGUUUCAUUAAAAGAGAAGCACUUUAUGUACUGCUGUCUUUUUUCCCCUGCUUUCUCUCUUCCUUUUUCUUCUGUCUGUCUGACUCCUGGGUCCGUGGGCGGGCCAUGGCAUGAGUGUUUUCUAGUAGUAGACUGGAGUAGUAGACUUUUUAAGAACACAUGAUCUGGUUCCUGAUGUGUAGAGACUCUGAUGUACCAGGGUUUUUGAUGCUGUCCUUGGCUUCAUGUGACAGACAGCAGCCACAGGCACUGCCCUGCAGCCCCUGCUCCCAGCUGUCCACAGGGUGGGCACCACCCUGCUCUCCUUGCUGUUGCCCCACCAUCAGUGCCCUUUGCUAAGUGCACCUUCCUGUGCCAUAUGGAGUGAUCAAAGCAGCUGCACUCCACGUCCCGCUGCCUUUCACACCCUGAGGAUGCCGGUGGCCACUGUGACUGGCCGGCUGCUGGGCAGAGCCACCCAGCGCAGAGGAUGGCUUCAGGUAUACAAGCAAGCUCCCUGGAAUUGCAAGGUGAAGCACACAAGGACGGCCAUCUCAGAGUGGGGCUGUAGGUGCAGGCCCCACAGGGACCUCCUAGCGGAAGAACUGGGCGUGUGCAUGCUGCUGGUGCUUGACCAUGAAGAAAACCUCAUGUGACACUUGUACUUCUUAGUCCUGGACUGUUGCUCAAAGUAAACAAUGCCAACCUUUUGAA